UGACAUCACUCGAUGUCAGAAAAACAAUAAUUCGGCCAGUGAGAAAAAGUUUUUAAAUUCAAAAAAGAUGAAGAUCACUUUCGUUUUCGCCCUCGCCGUUCUGGCUUGCGCGUACGCAGAUGACAGUGACAGGACCCUGGAGACGGCCAUCAAUUUCGUCAAGGACUGCAGAGGGGACUACACCCUAUGUGUUAAGGAGAAACUGUUAAGGAUCGUUGACAACCUGAGAGCGUCUCGCAGCAUCACCAUCGCCGAAGGCAUUGUCUUCAAGGGUGACCCUGACAAGAGGGCUAAGAAGCUCGAUGCCCUCCCUGUGGACGAGUCAGCCAGAGACCUGGAGGUCAACUACAGGCUCAUGGAUGGAGUCGUCAGUCUCUUCGAGACCCACGCCUUGGAGGUCAAGAUGAACCAGGCCGAUAAGGAGACCCUGCAGAGGUCUCUCGAUGAAGGCCGUGGCAAGAAGAAGAACAGCGGCAUGGGCGGUAUCAUCGGUCUUCUCGGCGCCAAGAUCCUCCUCGGAAAGCUGUUCAUCGUCAAGCUCAUCGCCCUCAAAGCUCUCGCCACCGCCAAGAUUGCCUUAGUCCUGGCCGUCAUCCUCUUCGUGGCCUGGUGCCUCAAACACGACACCGCGAAGACCACCUACGAAGUGGUUCCCCAUGCUCACCACCACGAAUCUCACCACCCUGUCCACGUAGAACACGUCUCCCAUGACGUCGGCCAUGGCCAUGGUGGUGGUGGCUACUCCAGCUACGGCUCUGACUGGAACAAGAACCUCGAUGAGGCCCAAAACCUGGCCUACAGUGCCUACUCCCACAAUAAGUAGAUAGACCAAAUGGGCAUAGCCGAAUUUAACCUCUGUUGUACAAAGACUUAUUUAUUUUAUUUAUUAUUAAUUUAUUGCCAUUAUCUUUAAUAAACGAAUUGAAUUUA